UUUUUGUCUCAAGUUGCAGACUCUCGCUCUCUCUCUCUCCUGACAUCUGAGCAGUGAGCUGGAAACUUAGAAGCGUGUGGAGUUAGCAUACCAAGAAAGAUAGGAGAGAAGGAAAGGGAGAAGAAAAGUAAAGUAGAGCAAUUUGUAGCAGUGGGGGCAGUGCAGAGAAGAUCAGAGGAAGGAUGCAGCAACACCUUAUGCAGAUGCAGCCUAUGAUGGCAGGAAGCCAUAACCUCAGCAGCAUCACUACUGAUCACAUCCAACAGUACUUAGAUGAGAACAAGUCAUUGAUUUUGAAAAUCCUUGAGAGCCAAAAUUCAGGGAAACUCAGUGAAUGUGCAGAGAACCAAGCAAGACUUCAGCGAAACCUUAUGUACCUUGCUGCAAUUGCUGAUUGCCAACCACAACCGCCAUCCCUGCAGGCUCAGUUUUCCCCCAAUAUGGUCAUGCAACCAGGAGUCAACUACAUGCAGCACCAACAAUCCCAACAGAUGAUGCCACAGUCACUAAUGGCAGCCCGAGCACCGAUGUUGUAUGCUCAGCAGCAUCCAUAUUUGGCAUUGCAGCAGCAACAAGCUCUACAAAGCCAGCUUGGCAUGAGCUCCACUGGAAUGGGUGGAAUCCACAUGCUACAAAGUGAACCUAAUGUUGGAGGGAAUGGGACUGGAGCCUUUUCCGAUCUUGGUCGCAGCAUGACUGGGGAGGGCUUGUCGGCUGUGAGCAGGGGACUGGGUAGUGCAAGCAAGCAAGAUGUGGGGAGUGUAGGCUCUGCGGAAGGUCGACGUGGCUACUUGGGAGGGCAAGGUGCAGAUAAAGGAGAAGCUCUUUACUUUAAAAGUGCUGAAGAGAGGGACUGAGAGGUCAAAAAAAUGCUCUGGUGUUUGGCCCCUUGUGUUUCUGAGAGGAGGUUUUGGUAAUGACACACAAAUCUAGUUAGCUAAUGGAAUUUUUGUCCUCAUGACUAACGCCAAUAGCGAAUCUGAGGCCCUUUGGUCCCAUAAUGUAUUAAGACAUCUUGAAGACGACGGUAUGUUGAGGGAAUGAUACGCUUAAAUCUCUUCUUUUCU